AUGAAUUUCUAUCGGGAUGCCACGUAUGUGCUUGAAUUUGUAGAAAAAACCGAGGCUCAGGGCCGCGUUGCUGGUUCUCUACAGACAUUGGUUCUCAAUUCAUGCAAAAAGUUCAACCUAAAGACCAAUCCUAAGCAUAUUUACGCCGCUGUGCACUCCUGUUGGCUUUAUAGAGAGUUUCUCGACAAGAUUUUGCAGCGGUCCAAGAUUUUGAAAGAGAUCCCGAAAAAGAAGGGCGAACCAGCGUUCAACAAGACCACUAUCAAACUUCUGGUGCAUGAUCUUUUGUUUUCGAAAAGCAAGAGAAUACAAAUGGGUAAGCAUCCCAUCAAGGAGUUUGUGCUGAAGCAUAAGACUCGUCUCAAUAGUGAGGUCGUGCGGCUAAAACUCAAGUUGAAAGUGACGGAUCUGAGGCAACUGGUUAACGAUAAUAGCUCUGACAUCACACCGGUACGAUGGAUCCGAAUCAAUCCAAUCCGUGCACGCAAUAAGGAAAAAGAAGUUUUGGCAGAGCUUGAGAAGAAAUUUCCUACCAAGGUCGAGUCUUGGACCGAGAUUGUGCCUGGUACCAUCUACCAUGACGAGUACAUACCUAACCUCUUUGGCGUGCAUCCGGGUGAUAAAGUAACCUCUCAUGAACUUUAUAAAACGGGCAAAAUCAUCAUUCAAGAUAGGGCUUCUUGUUUCCCUGCACAUAUUCUGAACGCUCAAAAAACAGACGUUGUCAUUGACGCUUGCGCCGCACCCGGUAAUAAGACCACGCAUGUUGCAGCUCACAUUUUCCAAAACGAAGCGCCAGACAGCGUCAAGGUUCAUGCAUUUGAAAAGGAUCCAGAAAGAGCAAAAACAUUGCGCACCAUGAUCAAGAGUGCCGGUUGCUCCAAUGGAAUUGAGGUUCAUGUGGGAGAUUUCACCAAAAUUGCAAAACCAGCUCUUUUCCCCAAAGUCACUGGCUUCAUCGUUGACCCUAGUUGUUCUGGAAGUGGAAUAUUUGGUCGUCAGGCCUUUGAUGAGCGUAACAGAAAUAAAGAACAAGGCGCAGCACAAAAAGAUGAUGAGACCACCGCCCAUCCCUCAGAAGAAGAGCAUGAAGAUAUUGCCGAAAAGGACCUUAAAGUGAGGCUUCAAAAACUGUCUUCUUUUCAAUUUGAAAUUGUACGGUAUGCCUUAUCAUUCCCUAGUGCUAAAAAACUGGUAUACAGUACCUGCUCUGUUCAUGCGGAGGAAAACGAACGGAUCGUGAUAGACUUGUUGCUUGAUUCCAAAGUGAAAGAGGCUGGAUGGCGUGUGAGAAAACGGGCUGGUGUCAUACCGACGUGGCCAAGGAGGGGACUUUAUACCGAAUUUGAGGAGGUUUUUCGGGACGAAGAGCAAGCCAAGGAACUAGCAGAAGCCUGUAUCAGGGUAUCGCCGAAGGAAGACGGUGGCAUUGGAUUUUUCGCGGUUUGUUUUGAACGCGAUUGA